UGACAGACACAUAGUGCAGUGCCCCUUCCACAGUCGACACCAAUCUUCUUCUCUCUCGUUUUGGGCACCAUGAAAACCAAUCACCCAAAGCUUAAGACCCAUCUCUUUUCUUGUGGGUUUUUCCGCCAUUGCACCCAAUCCGAUCUCAGCCCCACCAGUUCCCCUCUCUCUCCCUCUCACCCCCCACCACCACCACCACCACCACAACCACAACCACAACCCGACUCCUCCUCCUCUUCUUCCUCAACUUCCCAAAGCUUCACUCAGUGGAGGUUCCCACUCCCCAACCCUGGGCCUGACCCGCCACCCGAAACCACCCUCCCGUCCGACCCACCUCCACUACCACCACCCAUUCCCUGCACCCAACUACAGGAACUCUUCCACGUAGCGGAGCUCCAGAUCAACACCGGGUCAGACCCGGACCGGCUCUCCGCUCUCCAUCUCCUGGAGCGCUCGCUCGUGCCUAACCCGCCAUCCGACCCGGAAUGCCCACCGGAGCUCAUGCGAGGGGUAGUGGGGAAUUUGAAAACCAAAACGGGAGCGAAGCCCGCGACGAAAAUUCUGCUAGCGCUUUGUUUAGCGGAGGGCAACCGCCACGUGGCGGUGGAGGCAGGGGCGGUCUCCGCGGUGGUGGAGGCGGCGCCCGAGCUCGACGACGCGGAGGCGGAGCGUGCACUAGCGGCCCUCGAGCUCAUGUGCACCGUGCCGGAGGGCGCGGCGGAGGUGCGAGCACAUGCGCUGGCGGUGCCGGUGAUGGUGGCCAUGAUGGGGAGGAUAGCGGCGCGUGCCAGGGAGUACGCGAUCAGCGUGCUGGCGGUGAUCUACGGGGAUGGUGGUUCGGGUAUAGACGUGGCGCCGCCGGAGGAGGUGGCGCGUGCGGUGGUUUUGGCCUUGCGAGGGGAUUGUAGUGUCAGGGGGAAGAGGAAGGGUGCGCUGCUAUUGAAGGCGCUUGAGGAGAACUGACGGACGGCGUCGAUUUGUCUGUUUUGAUGAAGGGGUCACAACUCACAAGUCACAGCUCGUUUCGGAGAGUCCGGUCAAGUUGCUUGGGUGACUGACUGACUGACUGAUCAGCCAAUAAUAGCCAUGACAUGUCAGUGUUGGAAAGUGAAGCAGUCUUUUUUGCAUGUGUGAACUUGGGGUGUUCGUUCCAUCAUAUGCAUGUUAGUGUGAAACGACUUUGUUUAUUAAGCUUCCAAUUUCUUAUUCAA